AUGCGAGCUGCAAGGCCGCGAUCAGUGAUCUAUGCCUAUUCUGUUCGUGCGGCAUAUUUCCUUAUGCACCACUUAGCAAAUGAACCAGUUCCCGCGGACUACGGGAAUCAAGAUCCCGAUCAAAAAGUGGUUUAUCGGUUUAUUCGUACCCUAUUCCAAAUGGCGCAACUGUCCCCGGAAUGUGCGAUUGUAACCAUGGUUUACCUGGAACGACUGUUGACUAGUGCCGAGACGGAACUGACCCCGGCCACUUGGAAACGUAUCGUGCUGUGUGCAAUCCUAUUAGCCAGUAAAGUAUGGGAUGAUCAGGCAGUUUGGAAUGUGGACUAUUGCCAAAUUUUGAAAGAUUUGAACGUGAAUGAUGUGUAA